GGGCUCGUCGCGGUUCCGCUUUGUCGGGCAGAACGGCACAAAAUCCGCAGUGGGCUCCCUAUGCGAAUUCUUUUUUUUUGGCAUGGCCCAGCGUCUUCCGUUGCCCUCAACUUGCACCGCACCAAAGCAGCUCCAUUUUCGGUUCUUUUUCUGUCAUCUUCGCGGACACCUUAGGUGUUGCGUUGAAUGAAGGCCGUUCAUCUCGACGUCGGUGGUCCCGUAGGGUGGACAUUGAGCGUGACCCCAAGUUUUUCUCUGGCCCGCAUGUCGCCAUGCAUUCCAUUCGCUGGGCGUUUUCAUUCAGUGAAUCACGCCACAUACACAACACCCAUUGUAAAAUGCUCUCCCUUUUAAUUAACCUUUAUUUUGUAACAAGGUGGUAUAGUGGGCUGGUAGAUGUCCUUCGCAAGCGCAACGAACCGUGAAGCCUGGUGUCACGGACACGGGCGAAUUCCGGGUUAGCCCUGAGACUCCACAUCUGAGAUGCCAACCCAUCGUGCCCUCUCUCAAGAGGAAGCAAAAGGACCCCUCAACGUGAAAGAAGUAACGACAGCUUCUCCCGCGGCUCUUCAAGUUCAGAUUCGCAUCAAAGCAGUCGGCCUAAACCCGUUGGACUAUAAACAAAUAUACGAUAAUUAUCGGGUUUCUGAGUACCCCUGGAUCGGUGGCUUAGAUCUAUCUGGCGUUGUCACAGAGGUCGGAGAAGAGGUGACUCAUCUCCAGGAAGGGGACAGGGUAGCAACUGCUGCUGUGCAUUUCAUUGACGGACAACCAGCUGCUGCAUUUCAAGAGAUUUCAAGCAGCGAUGCUAAUAUCGCUUUCAAGAUACCCCAAAUAGUCGGCCACGAUGCGGCGGCAUCUAUCUCAAUCAACUACUACACUGCGAUCGUGGGACUCUGUCUUCCCGAGCAUCUCAACCUUCGCUUCCCCGCCCUUCCCCAUCCUUCGAACCCAGCUCCCCUGGAAAAUCUGCAGCCUGAUUCUGAUGCCCCUAUUCUUGUUUGGGGUGCAGGCUCUGGAGUGGGAAAACACGCCCUCCAAAUCCUUCGCAUUGCAGGCUAUACGAACGUGCUCGCCACUGCUGCCUCGCAUUACUUCGACAGCGCCAAGGCUUUGGGUGCGAAAGAAGUGUUCGAUUACAAAGACGAACAUGUUGUAAAGAAUAUCCGAGCUUAUUUGGGUGACGCCAAAGUCUUGCACGCCUAUGAUGCUAUCUCGACGCCUAACACCAUCAGUAAGUUGAUUGAAAUUGUCAAUGUAGGGGGAACGAUUGCUACUGUCACUCCUGAGGGGCAGGAUCUCCUGCCAUUCCAUGGCGCUGCAAUUAGACGUGCGGGCAUCCAAGGCGCAAUUGUAAUCAGCAAGACCAACCCUGAGCAUUGGGAGUUUGGACGCCGUGCAAGGGAACUGAUUCAAGACUGGCUGCAAUAUCAUGGCGAUGACAAGCGCUUCAAAUACUUCUUCAAUAGUACUUACGUCAUCCCAGGAGGACUGGACGGAGGUGGUAUACAGCGAGGCUUAGAAAUGCUCGGCAGGAACGAAAAUCAUGGGAAGAAAAUUAUCGUGAAGGGCAUCUGAUGAAUGCAAUCGAUGACGGAGUGUCUGGUAUGUACAGUGUAUCAUAAGAAGAUAAUGGAAAACACGGAUUGGAAGAGUGGAAAAUAUUCCAGUUG